ACUUUCCAUUUACUAUAUAGAAGAUAUAUAUAUAGAUAUAUAUUCUCUCUACCGUUUUCCAUCUGCGUUUCUUCUGAAUCUCUGUCUCUCUCUCUCUCUCUUCCAUCUUUGUUUUCUUAUUUCAAAAAGGAACUCUUACCUCUCCUGUUAGGAACCCAGAACGAGGAAUCAAUUUAAAGCAAAGAGAAGUACAUGGAAAAGACGAGCCAAGAGAGCAGAUAAGAGGGUGACCCUGCUUUAGUUGGGUCCUGUACUCACUUUUCUUUUUCUUCUAUCUUGUUUAUCUCCUCUCAUACCAUCAAGGUGAAAAACCAUUGCUAUUAUCAUGAGUGGGCUGAUAUUGUCGUGAAGAUUGGUUUUGGUUUCUGGGGUUCCUGAGGCGAUUCGUUUUCGGGUUCUGGGUUUUGAGUAGCCAUGGCGGGUAGCAAUGAAGUCAACCUCAAUGAAUCCCAGAUGGUUGUUCCGCUCAAUACAUGGGUUCUCAUUUCCAACUUCAAGGUAGCUUACAAAUUUCUUCGCCGUCCGGAUGGAACCUUCAACCGGGACUUGGCAGAGUACCUUGACCGGAAAGUUCGGGCCAAUACCUUUCCGGUUGAUGGGGUUUUCUCCUUUGAUCAUGUUGAUCGAGCCACCAGCCUCCUCAAGAGGGUUUACAUGCUAGCUCCUCAGAAUGAGGUUCAGUGGGGGAUUGUAGAUCUAGAAAAGCCCUUGAGCACCACUGAGAUUGUCCCGGUGAUUAUCUUUUUCCACGGUGGAAGCUUCAGUCACUCCUCUUCCAACAGUGCCAUCUAUGACACCUUCUGCCGCCGUCUAGUUAACCUGUGCAAGGCUGUUGUGGUAUCUGUGGAUUAUCGGCGAUCACCUGAACACCGGUACCCCUGUGCUUAUGAUGAUGGUUGGGCUGCUCUUAAGUGGGUCAAGUCAAGAACUUGGCUUCAAAGCGGAAAGGAUUCUCAAGUUUAUGUUUACUUAGCGGGAGAUAGUUCUGGUGGUAACAUAGUUCAUCAUGUAGCUGUUAGAGCAGCUGAAGCAGAAGUUAAGGUUCUAGGAAACAUCCUUCUUCAUCCAAUGUUUGGAGGGCAGGACAGAACAGAAUCAGAGAAGAAACUAGACGGGAAAUACUUCGUUACAGUACAAGAUCGUGACUGGUAUUGGAGAGCUUUUCUUCCAGAAGGGGAAGACAGAGAUCAUCCUGCUUGUAACCCAUUUGGUCCCCGGGGCAAAAGCGUUGAAGGACUCAAGUUCCCAAAGAGUCUGGUCGUGGUGGCUGGAUUGGAUCUCAGUCAAGACUGGCAAUUGUCAUAUGUUGAUGGCCUAAAGAGAUCAGGUCAUGACGUGAAGCUACUUUUCCUAAAGCAGGCCACAGUUGGAUUCUACUUCUUGCCGAAUAACGAUCACUUCUAUUGCCUUAUGGAGAAGAUUAAAACCUUUGUCGAUCCCAACUGUUAAUAGUCUACGAUCUAACCUCAACUCCAAGCAGCAUACUAAACAGAAACUUUGACAUAUUUUCUCUUGGGUUCUUUUUUUCCCCCUUUUGCAGUGAUGGUGUGUAGUUAGCUUAUAAUCUUUGUGUAGUAUACUUCUUACUUACCCUCCUGAUUUGUGGUGGUCACGUUAGAGAAUGGAGAUCUUCACCUCUCGGGAGAAGGCCUUGGCUAAUGGUUUCCUAGGACAGGAACUGGUGUUCAUAAGAUUCUGAUGUAAAAAAAAAAGGCUCACCCCGAUCAAUUUCCAAUCCAGCGGGGUGAUUGGUGAAUUGGUCGUACGAAUCAGGUAAUUUAUAAGCACUAAUUUAAGAACAGAACAGGGCAAUUGGAAUGUAUCCACCUUGCUUUGAUCUUGUAUCUUGUGUUCUAUUGUAUAAAUAUAUAUAAUAUAAAUAUAAAGGUUUUUCGUUUGC